CGCCGCGGGGCCGGAAGGCGGUGGAGCGCCAUGGCCGCGGCGCUGUAGCGGGAGGCGGAGGCUGAGCCUGAGCGGGACGGCGCCGGGGCUGGGAGCUGUUCUCAGCGCAGGGCUGCAGGGAUCCGCGCUGCGGGAGCUCAGGCUGCCAGGGGAGGCUGUGGCCGCAUCGGGCGCGGUGGGAUCGAGCGGUCGCCGUGGCAGGGCAGGGCAGGGCCCGGCCCGGCCCGGCCGCUCCUCGGGUUCCCUCUCACCGCCGCAGCAGCAUCGACCUGGUCACUCCCGAGGGGAGCAGCCGGACGGCGGCUCGGGGUGGAUGGUAGCGUCUGUGGCCCAGGGUUUGCUAUCCAAGAAGCUGCUCCCCGUAGGCAGGCGCUGAGCAUGCUGUGAGCCGCCGGGAAGGGCAGGGCAGGGCAGGGCAGGGCAGGGCUCCGCUGCGUUCGCUCCUCCGUUCUGCCGAGGAUGGACGAGGAGAGCCUGGAAGCUGCCAUCCGCUCCUACAGCGCCCAGCUGCAGCAAGUGGAGCUGGCGCUGGGGGCGGGCCGGGACCCGUCGCAGCAGUCGGACUUGGUUCAGCUGCAGGAGGAUUUGAAGCAGCUGAUAGAGCUGACCGAGUCCAGCCUGGUGUCUGUGAAAAAGAGCAAGCUUCUGGCUGCUCUGGAUCCCAGUGCUGCCUCUGCCUCCUCCUCAGCAGCCCUGGGACAAGACACCGGCCCAGACAGCUCUGCUCAAGAUGAGGAGUAUGCAGCCUUUAAUGAAGCCAUUGCUGAGCUUGGGAGUGAUGAGAAACCUUCAGCUAAUGAAGAGACAGCAUCAGAGAGAGACAACGAACCAAAGCACAGCGAAGAGGAGAAGGAAUCAGACAGAGAGGACGAGGAGGAGGAGGAGGAAGAAGAAGAAUUGAGUGGGAUGAAGGUUAAAGCUCCCUACUACAGUUCUUGGGGGACUCUGGAGUACCAUAAUGCCAUGAUUGUGGGGACAGAGGAGCUGGAAGAUGGCAGUGCAGGAGUCAGAGUGCUGUACCUCUACCCGACUCACAAGUCCCUGAAGCCCUGCCCCUUCUUCUUGGAUGACAAGUGCCGAUUUAAAGAGAACUGCCGGUUUUCCCACGGGCAGGUGGUCCCAGUGGAGGAGCUUCAGCCCUUUCAGGAGCCCAACCUGAGCACGCUGGAGGUGGGCUCAGCCUGCCUGGCCAAGCACAGCGAUGGGAUCUGGUACACUGCAAAAAUCACUGAUGUGGACAGUGGUUACUACACUGUGAAGUUUGACUCCCUGCUGCUGAAGGAAGCUGUAGUGGAAGCAGACAGCAUCAUCCCCCCGCUGCGGAGCGAGGAGGGUGCCCAGUCUGGGCAGUCUGAUGAGGAAGGCAGUGAUGAUGACUCUGGUUAUGCCAAAGUGAUAGACUCAGGAGUUCCAGAGAAUGGGGAGUGGACUCCUGCCUGCAGUUCCUCCUUUGGUGGCUGGGAAGCUCACACUCGUGGGAUUGGCUCCAAACUGCUGGUUCAGAUGGGAUAUGAGUUUGGAAAAGGGCUGGGCAAGAACUGUGACGGGCGAGUGGAGCCGGUGCAGGCUGUGGUUUUGCCCCGGGGGAAGUCCCUGGACCAGUGUGCUGAGGUCCUCCAGAAGAGGAAGGAGGGGAAGCUGGCCCCAGGCAAAGGCAGGAGGCGCAGAGGGCAGGGAGGCAGCUCCGGGCAGUGCCCUGCAGGCGGCCGCAGACCUCCUCGCAACGUCUUUGACUUUCUGAAUGACAAACUGCGAGGGAAGAGCUCUGGGGACAAGGCUGCAGGCUUGGCACUGCCCAAGAGGAACAGCAAAGAGAUCUACCACGCCAGCAAGAGCACCAGGAAGGCCCUCAGUGUCCACCUCUUCCAGACAACAGAGAAGAUUGACCAAACACAAAGGGAUAUCAUCGGGAUCCAGCAGGCUCUGGAGCGCAACAUGGGAAGGCACAGCGUGGCCACAGCCCAGCUGAAGGAGAAGCUGGCCAAUGCCCACAGGCAGCUGGGGCAGCUGCAGGCCCAGGAAGCCAGGCUGCAGAGGGAGCAGAAGAAAGCAGACACACACAAGAAGAUGACUGAGUUCUAGUCUGAGGAAGGUUGGACUGCACUCAGUGUCCUUCUAACCAGCCCCAGUGCUCGUGGCCUCAACCUGGCUGAGCCAUUCCUGCUCCUCUGGGCUUCGAGCUGCCCUGCCUGAAAACUUGGCUAGCAAGCAGCAGUUUCUCCAAGGAGGUGGUGCUGAGCUCUGGGGGAAGGGCUGCAGCCCUGGAAGUGCUCAGUAAGCCUCGUGUCAGGGUGAGCUACAAGGAAGAUCUUCUCUCUGCUCUGCUGCACGCUUCCUGUCUCUGUUCUGGCGCUGGCAGCAGCUCAUCCAGAGCCUGCAGCUCCUCGAGGUGAGUCUGCUGCUGUGAAACAGCUGAGAAGGGGCUUUGAGAGCCCCACAUCCUGCCAGCAGCUGUGGUUGUCUGCAGCCAACUGACAAACACGAGUGGAGGCAGGGUCCUGAGCACAUCCCAGUGAGGAAGAGGCUUCUGCUGGGUGGAAACAACCAAGGCAAACUGCUGCAGCUGCUCUCCACCUUCUGGGUUUUGCCAUGGGAUCCUCCUGGGAGCCUGAGUUUUCAGGGAGCACUUGCUCAUAGCCCUGGUGUAAUGAAGAGACAGACAAGUGGCAGCUUGGAGCUGGGUUCCAGUGGUCCCAAACAUUCAGUUUCAGCAGUUAGAGUAUCCCUAGGACUUGCUGUAGCCCAGCUCAGGGACUUGGUGUGGAAGGCUGCCUGGCUCCACAUGCAGAGUGCCAAAGCUGGGGGAGGAAGGCAGCAGGGAAAUGGGUUCUAGAACCUCCUAGCUAGGGACAGCUCCCAGGGAAUGUUCCACUGCCAUCAUUAGUGGAGCUCUCCUGCCCUAAGUGGCUCUUAGAACAGGGCUCCUGCCUUUAAAAAACCCUCAGCACCUAGAUCCAGGUUACUGAAAGCCCUCAAGAGCCCAAAUCCAGGUGGGACUGGGCCCUGGAGGAGCACAGAUAGGAGGUCUGUGUCUGUGGGAGAGCUUCAGGCCCCGCUGGGAGCAGGCCAGACAGCAGAGUGCCCACCCCUGUGGCAGGGAGGAUGUCUUCUGCCCUCGGUCACACUCUGUGAGCCUGUGCCCCAGAGGAGAUGGUGGUUUCCCCAGAGCCAGUUCUUGGUGGGGCUUGUGCACUGUUAGCUGCUUUUAACCAGCUCCUCUUGCAGUCUGCUGCCAGCACAGACCAACUUUUGGUCUCCCAUUUCAGAAGUCCUUUCCCAGGAGUCAUUUUUCUCACGGGAACUCUUUCCCCCCCCUCCUCCUUCCCUUGCUAUCUCCUUUUUUUAUCUAUCCCUAAAGAAACUUCUGAAGCUGUCAGUCUGGGCAGGGCCACACCAACCUGUAGGCUCAGGCUGCCAAACUAACCAGAAAGUCUGAAGCUGAGAAGGGAGAUAGGAUCAGAGCUGUUGCAGCCGUGUGGGAUGCUGCAGUGCCACAGCCACACCUCGGAAGAGACAAAAGGGGCAGCAAAAAGAAACCAGGUGAACAUCUGCAGGAAGCCUGCUCCAGUGGUCCCAAGAGUUGAGGUGGGGCCAGAAGGACUCUCUCUCCUCUUGGCAAGCUGUGGUGGGCACUGUGUGGAUGGCAAAGGUGGUGAAGGGCUGCCUGGAGUCCUUCAGCCUCUUGAGUUCUCUCUGGGUUGGCUGUGGGAUCUUUGUUGUUGUGGGUUGGUGUUCACCCUAGGCUGGGCUUAAAAUGGGCUGCUCAGGGCCCUUCCUUCACAACCAGCUGCUUGUUUCCCACCCUGGUGACAAGGAUUAAAGCCCUCAGCUUGGCUUGGGUGCUGGCAGAAGUGGCCCUGUGACUGCUGGGCCGAGCUGGACAGAGACACUUCUUGGAUCUGUGUUGCCUUCUGCCACUUCUCACAUCGCCAUCUCUGGAAGAAUUUGGGGAUAUUGCUUGGCUCAGUCCUGUUUCAACCCUCCCUUGGCAUUCCCACAGCAUCCUCCUGGCAGGUUCCUCUCCAACCUGCCUCCCACCCAGGACACUUCACUGCCUGGUGAAUAAAGUUGGGCUUUGUUUCUUUC